AUGUCUCUUUUCUAUCAAGUGGAGCCAACUCAUGUAAAGAAGCAGACUGGUGAUUUUGGGAAAGUCUUCUUAAAAACUUGUAGAGGAAAAACAAAGAAGGAGAUACGAAGAUGGAAACAUGCUUUGACGGAAGUGGCUCAAAUUGCAGGUUACCAUUCAAAAAACUGGAAGAAUGAAUCAGAGAUGAUUGAAGACAUUGCCACUGAUGUUUCGAACAAGUUGAACCUUUCAGCACCAUCCAGUGAUUUUGACGGGUUAGUUGGGAUGGAAUCUCAGAUGACGGAAUUGGAACCACUUUUACAGCUAGAUUCAGAUGAGGUGAGAAAAAUAGGGAUUUGGGGUCCGCCUGGGAUUGGUAAGACCACCAUUGCUAGAUAUUUGUUCAACCGACACUCCAAAGAUUUCCAACUGAAUGUCUUUAUUGAUAAUAUCAAAAGAAAAUAUGAGACAACAGCUUGCUUUGAUGAUUACAGUGCGAAGUUGUAUUUACAGGAGCAGCUUAUAUCUAAACUAACAAAUGUCACAGAUAUCAAGAAUUUUUCACAUUUGGGAAUUGCCAAAGAAAGACUGGAAGACAAGAAAGUUCUUGUCGUUCUUGAUGAUGUGGAUCGAUUAGUACAAGUGGAAGCCAUGGCGAAAGAAACUAGUUGGUUUGGUCCUGGGAGUCAGAUUAUCAUCACAACACAAGAUCAAAAUGUUUUAAAAGCAAGUGGGAUCAACCAUAUCCACAGGGUGAAUUUACCAUCAUAUCAUAACGCGCUAGAAAUAUUCUGCAUGUACGCUUUUGGUCAGAAAGACCCUAAGGAUGGUUUCAGUGAUCUUCCUUACAAAAUUGUGAGCCUUGUAGGUAAGCUUCCAUUGGGGCUAAAGGUUAUGGGAUCCUAUUUUCGGGGAAUGUCCGAGCAAGAUUGGAUAGAGGCACACCUUGAUCGAGAUGGAGAAAUUGCGAGCAUUUUAAAGUUUAGUUAUGAUUCCUUAUGUGAUGAAGAUAAACGUUUAUUUCUUCAUAUUGCCAGCUUUUUUAACGGUGAAAAAUUUGAUAUAGUGGAAGGCUGUCUAGCAAAAUGUGUUUCGGAUGUGAGACAUGGGCUUCGCGUCUUAACUGAAAAAUCUCUCAUAUCUAAGUUUUUGGGAACAAUAGAGAUGGAUAAGUUGCUAGUCGAACUGGCAAGAAAAAUUGUGCGAGAACAAUCGGUUAAUGAGCCUGGAAAACGCCAAUUUUUGACUGAUGCAAUUGGUGUUGGUGAAGUAUUGAGUGAUGAUAGAGCCGACAGUAGCAGCGUCGUAGGAUUUACUGUUGGGACAUUUGAUGAAAUAACAUGGACAAGUGAAAGAGCCUUUGAAAGAUUGUCUAAUCUUCAAUUCCUAAGAAUCCUUGGCAAAGGCGUUAAUCCGCGAAGUAUGAACCACAUGUCUCAAAAACUUAGAGUACUAAUUUGGCAUAAUUUCAAGAUGACAUGUUUUCCUACAAGUUUUAAUCCAAAGUUCCGAGUCAAACUAAAGAUGCCGUAUAGCAAAGCUUGAGAAAUUGUGGGAAGAAACAAAAACUCUAAAUAAUCUCAAGUGGAUGGAUUUGAGUUAUUCAGAUUGUUUGGAAGAGCUUCCAGAUCUCUCUGACUGCCACUAAUGUAUAUGACCUAGAUCUCUCACAUUGCUCAAGCCUGGUGAAGCUCUCUCAGGCCCUGUUCGUUUGUACAUCGGGAAGAUGCAUCCAGAUGGAUCAGUCACAUGGAUCAGUCAGAUGCUCUACCUGGGUGUUGUUCGUUUGUACAUUUAGAAAGUAUAUCUAGAUGAAGCAUUCAGAUGCAGCUGCGUUCGUUUGUUCAUUUUUUUUGAACUUACAUUUGCAUCCAAAUGCAGUUGAUGACAAAAUGACUAAAAUAGACAUGUAUUUAAUUUAUCUAUAUCUUACUCUUAAAUCAUGAUUAUUAUUUAUAUUAAUCCUGUUAAUUUUAA